AUGGUUCACAGCAGCGGAUCUCAGGGAGAUUUCAUCACGAUAGAAUUGAUCCAUGGACGACUAAGGUUUACCAUCAAUCUUGGCAGUUCCAAAACCAUUUCUGGGAAACACACCGUGCUCCUCGGAAGCAACUUGUCAGACAACAAAUGGCAUGAGGUGAAAGUGGAUCGAAAUCAGCACACGCUGGUAGUCACUGUCGAUAAACUCAGGAGUCAAUCCACCACACCGGGCUCUUUCGUCCGGCUUAACCUUGAUAGAUUCGUCUACGUUGGAGGUCUGGAUCCGAGCGUGUCUGGCGGUGUUCCGUCUACACGGAAUUUUUAUGGCUGCUUGAAAAAUCUGUACUUCGACUUCAUCGACAUCUUCUAUGGUGCUAAGAUGGACAAUAAUGAUUAUGACACUCACGGUUUUGUUCGUUUUUACUGUCCAGAUACUAGCUAUGUUCCGGUCAAUUUUCCAGAGCCCGAUACUCAUUUGAAGCUUAGCAAGCAUUCCCCUAAAAAUUUCUCCGUGGAGCUCAGUUUUCGCACCUACGACGGCAAUGGUAUUUUGGUUUACAAACAGAGCGCGCGCGCUCGCCUGUAUCUUUCUCUGGUAUCUGGAAAACUUGAGCUUGAAGUUCGGGUGGAACCCGAUAAACCAAUUAAAAUCAGCGUCGGUGAAGCCUUGAACGAUGGCAUGUGGCAUGACGUCAUAGCUGGAGUAACUCGCAAGGACAUGUGGUUGCAGCUAGAUAGAAAGCCAGAACUACGUCAUGAAAACCCGUGGUUGGCAGAUAUCGGCGAUUUUCGAAGUCGUGUUUACAUUGGCUACGGAACACAGAAGACAGGAUUUGUUGGCUGUAUGCACCGAAUAAAGCUUAACGGGAAUUUGGUGAGGCUGACAGGUUUGAGCGGCUCUCGGAUAAGCGGAGCGGUCAUAAACCGAUGUGAAAUUACCAACAAGUGUUUCCCUAAUCCCUGUCGGAACGGCGGCCGCUGCCUCCAGACAUGGCAGGCUUUUCGAUGUGACUGCGGAGGAACGUUUUACCAUGGGGACCGGUGCAGCAUCCCUCUUUACCGAGCCACAUGCCAGGAGUACAAGGCACUGGGAAUGGUUCAGGACGCGUAUUGCAAAGUGGACCCUGAUGGAACCGGGCCUCUGGGGACCUUUGAUGUGCUGUGCAACAUGACGGCCUCCGAUGCUGCCAAGACAGUUAUUAAUCACGACAAAGAAGGCAAGCAUCAGGUUACUUUGGGCGCCACGGAUCUUGUGAGUCAUUACUUCCAACGUAUUUCGUACGUGAGUAACCUGGCCAGUAUCCGAGCACUGAUUCAGCGCAGCGCAAACUGUCGCCAAUUCAUCAGGUACGACUGUUAUAAUUCCAAACUAUUGAAUUCUCCCAUUGGUCCUGAGCAUGUGCAGUGGUUGUCAAGCACCGCUGUCCCACAGAACUACUGGGGAGGUGCUCCAGCUGGAAGUAACAAGUGCGCAUGUGGAGUAAAAAAGACCUGUGUGGAUCCCUCAAAGUACUGUAAUUGUGAUGCAGAUAGCGACGACAAGUGGAGGGAGGAUUCGGGUUAUUUAACAGACAAAUCUUCUUUACCAGUAAACAUGCUGCAGUUCUCCUCGGAUGCCAAAGAUUCAUUCUUCACUCUCGGCCCAUUAGAAUGCUUCGGUUCCUCGGGCCAGUCCUCUGGACAAGUAAGCAAUCAUCAUGUUACCAUGACGACCACUAUUGCAACGAAUAAAAACUCAACCCUGGUGACGUCAGUGUUAAGUCACGAGACCAAGAGCGAUGGUGUGACAGUACAUUCUUCCAUUACCACAGGUAAUGAUGGCGUGACAGUGCACUCAAGCAUCACGACUAAAGGCAAGACAGUCACGCUGCCUCCCGUCACGCAAAUCGAGCCGAAGACGACACCCAAAGUGUUGGUCAUAACUAACGGCAGUGUAUCUUACAUAACGCGCGUCAAAGGAGGUGUGGUGUACGACGCACGGUUUAUCAUCUUGAUAACAUCAUCUGUGUUGGCCUUUAUACUCCUCGUAUGUGUCAUAAUCUUCGUUUUCCUGAAGCGCUCUGGCCGCACCUAUGUGUGCUGUAUCUCCUGCAAGAACUGCAGGAGGAAAAAGAGUAUCCCGGAUAUUGAGGUGUAUCGUCACUCAGUACGCACGGAUUCCCCGGAUGUGGUGCAGCUGGAUGACUUAAAUCACGGCGGAGUAGAGGUUGGGGCCUACAACAUGAGCAACGGCCAAACAGUCUACCACUCAGUCCACCGGGAUUCGCACGUCAGAAAAUACGUGUCCUUUUCAGCCUCCACCUCCAAACUGUGAAUGUCAAUAGGAAAGCAAGGUAACAGCGAUAAAAA